CGCUCACUGCGAUGUGACUCGCGUCUCCAUCGCGUCUCCGGGCGCAUCGGCGUCAAAACUGCAGCGCACCAUUUCACACGUUUUCAUUCACAUGUAGCAACGACAAACAGGCGCGAUUUUUUUUUUUUUUUUAUCAUAUGGUAUCUUUAUUUGUUAAUAUAUAUUUUUUUCAAUAUAGAGGCUUUUUUUAAAUCUCUUUCACCAGAUGUUGACAGAGAACAGCUUGGUUGAGCGUCGCAAGACGGCAGACAGCCGAGUGGGAGAUGCCCGAAAGCGCCCAGUCGGCUGUGGAGCGCGUUAUGCGCGCGGGCACCUGUGAGGCUGAAGCGGCUGCGUGUCCCGGUGUUUUGGCGCUGGUGAUUGGUGUCGGUGCGCGCGUGAGGAGCUCGGCGGCGGCUGCAGCAGCGCGGAGCGUGAAGUGCGUUCGCAUCCCGGUAACAAACUGGCAGGGUAGCAUUGCCAUGGAAACAUGCGAUUUGUGAGUGAGAAGAGAAUCAGUUGAGAGAAUCUAGAAAAAGGGAUAACACAAAACAUGACCAUAGCAACACAAAUGAUAAGCAUUGCCGGAUAAUUUCCAAGGACUUUACUCCUGAAAUCCUUGUUUACUGACAGUCUUGCACUUAGACUUACCGGCCAAAGAACUGCACGCUGAGAGAGAGAGGGACUUGCCUUUGUGUCAGCCAGUGGACAUUAACAAAACAUAGGCAGAUAUUUACUGCCUAAAUUAUAUACGUGCACUGGUGCAGUCUAUCACUUUAAAAAGCAAUGAGUCGACUGUCGGGCCGUCUGCGAUCUGGAAGUGUGCGUUUGGUUUGUGAAGCCCUGGGUGGGGAGGAUUGCAGUGAAGCCGAAGGCUCCUGGAUGGGAGAUAUGGGGCCUGGAGUCACUUCAGCAGCAACAAGUAGCUCUGACCCAGCUGCUUCACUACACUAUAGAUUGUUUACACCUCCUUCACUUGCUAAUGGUCUACGUAAUCAUGAUGACCAGUUUCAGCGCAGAGCAAGGAGACGCAGACAAAUGGACCAUGUGGAACAAACGCACAUGCAUGAACAAAUUCACAUUCAAUCACACACACGUCCACAGAUGCACAUACACCAACAACCACUUUCACAACAACAGAGCACUCACACAGAACACUCCAACACACGUCUACAAUCUCAAAUGCACAUUCAAAUGAAUACCCAUGUGCGCACUGAGAGAGAUGUAAUGAUGCACAAACAUACACAUACAGAGAUGGUCAGAUCUUCAACUGUGGAAGAGGACACCUCUCUUGUUCCAGAGGAUCUGUCAAUAACUCCAAAGACUGAAACAUACACUUCCCUUGUCCAUUCAACCCAUCCACUGCAUACCAACCAACUCUCACAAAACUACUCAUCCCUUCAACCCAGCCUUGCUUCUACAAGUAAGGUAGAUACAGAGAAACCCUCUAAUAUCAGUAAACUGGAGAGAAAUCCCUUAACAAACCCAGAAUUAGAUAAUAGUUCUAGUGCAAGCCACAAUCCUGUCAAUACCCCUGUGGAGGCUGAAAGGAAGUAUACCCUGAGGAGUUCUGGUCGGCCACGUUUUCCCUGCCACCUUCGCAAGUCAUCUCGUUUACGCAGGGCUGCAGAGGAUAAUGUAAUGAAAAGGGAAGUAGAACAAAAAGAGGCAGAUGAGGAUAGGAACAUCUGGAGAGGAGAAGAGAUUAGACCAAGGGAAGAGUGUCCUCUAGAAGUGGCUGUUUCUGCUUCAUCCCUUGAGGUUUCACCAGCUCCUACUAAUUCAAUUCAUAUAGUGCCAAAUCAUAGUGUAGGAAUACCAUUUGGGAAGGCAGCAAGUGAAGGCAGCACUGUGAUUCAGACUUCACAGAGAGGUAAACAACGAGGUCGUUUUUUAGGUGUGAGAAAGAUUGUGGUAAAAAUUGCAAGAAUUCCUGUACAUCUUAGUCGACGACAGAAAAGCUAUAAGAUCUCCUCUCUAGAGCCUGUGGCAGUGGGGUCACAUGGGGAAGGGUGUACUGCAGGAGAAGCACCAGAAGGGGGAUCUGGUGGAGAGAUGGGUGCACAUAUUUCAAGGGAACCAACUGCUCUUCUCCGCAUGAAAAAUAAUGGGAAGAGUGUAAUGGUGAUGUUUCCUCCAGGAGAGCUACCGGUCAUCUUGAAACGUCGAAGAGGGCGGCCUCCUAAACAAGCUUUACCAGGACAGCCUGACAUGCGUGAGACUAAAGCUGGGGCUGCAAGUGCUGCAGAGCCCAAGAAACCCAGGAGGCGUCGGCGAGUGAAGCUACCUUCCCCUCUGCCGUCUUAUGUUAAUGACACCAAUGAUGUUAAAGUAGAAUACGCAGACGUUCUGUCUAAACUGGCCUUCUUAAACCGGCAACCUCCCAGUACUGGCCGCUGCUCCCCACCACGUUGUUGGACUCCGACUGAACCUGAGACCUUCCAUACAUCUCCAGAAAACCCAAAUCUGUCCACACUACUGCAUCGUCUCACAGGCUUCCGUAGGCGAGGUGGUCGUGCAGGCUGUAUGGGGGGGAGGGGAGGGGGUAUGACUGGGUGCUCGGAGGCUUUUAAGAGGUCCUUCAGUGAUUUCUUUGAGACAAUUGGCAAAAAGCGCAAAGUUCCUCUGUCUGAACCUGGAACUCCGCGAAAAAGGGGUAAAGGGCUUAGUGGUGGAAUGAAGAGAGCAACAAUGAGCGAGCAAGGCAGCCUGGUGACUGGGGAAAAGAUUAGAAAGCGGCGUUCACGAAAGAAUGGAACAUUAAAAGGCAGUCAGGGAGUUCUGGAUCAAGACUGGCAAAAUGGAAAUAGUGGGUGGGGAGAGAAGUGUGAUCCAGAUCCAGGUAUUUACCAGGGCUCGUGUUCACCUCGUGGAAGCUUUCCAUCCUCUGAGACUGGCAAAGGGGGAGUGUACCAUAGCCCUGGGAUGAGAGGUGCUGGCAGUGCAGAGGAAUGUCAGGGAAUGUUUGCAGGAUAUUUUCGUUCUUUACUUGAUUCAGAUGACUCCUCAGAUUUGUUGGACAUUUCUAUGUCCAGCCCUACAGGACACCAAGAUGGUCGUAAAAUCACUCCAGGAUAUGAAGGCAGCAGUCCAGGUGCAGCCCAUUGCUGGUCUCCUGCUUUUCCUAAAAGAAGCCCCAAAGUAGCAGCUUGUACCGGGGAGGGGGGCUCCCUUUCUUCAGCCCAAUCUCAUAGCAGCUCUGCUACAAGGAGCCCAUAUUUAUACAGUGUAUCCCAAACAUCCCCCACCACUUCUUUCCCAAAAUCUCCUGCUCUUUCCCUCUCUCGGUCACCUAGUUCUCCCCAUCCUUCAUCUGGAUGUUUUUCCCAAUACCCCUCCACUUAUAGUGGAAAUGUGCCACAAGGAACAGGCGUUUGCCCCGUGACUCAGCAGCAGCACAGAUCAAGUGACUGCAGCUUUGCUUAUGGCACUAAAACCUCCCCUGCCUCUUCAACACAACGCCACAUUAAUUAUUCAAGUUAUCAAUCCUCUGCCAAGCGACAUUAUAGUGCAUAUCCUGGACCUACCGUUGUCCCCAUGCAACAGAAUGAGUCUACUGGUCCAUCAUCCCCAAGUGGAAGUUACAUGUCAAUAUCAAAGACUAGCUCCUUUUCCUCAUCCUCAUCUCCUCCCGAAGGUUCCAAACAAUACCAGUGCUCUGCACUUUGGGGUUACAGGCAAGGGGGCUCUACCUGGGGUGGUGAUGGAUUUGGCACUCAUCAGUUUCAUGGCUACUCUGACUAUGGCGUGAGUGGAACUAGCUCUGAGUCCAAAGACAUCCUAGACAUUUCAAAUUACACACCCCAAAAGGCAAAGCAGCGUCCCUGCCCUGACACAUUUUCUGAGUCCUCCUCUGAUUCUUCCCACACAGGGAUAGGAAGCAUGGGGGGCACAUUCUGCCCUAGGGAUGCACCAGUAUCUGAGGGACAGUCGAGCCUGUCAAGCCUAGAGAAGCUGAUGUUAGAUUGGAAUGAAAAUUCUACAGGCCCCUCAUAUAACUGGAGUCAGAAUGUUUUGUUUCAAGGUGGUACAAAACCAGGCAGAGGACGAAAGAAACGGUCUGAGACACAGAGUGACAAGGAAACAGGCCAUAUGCCUCCAGGAUCACCUGCAAGUCCUCCUGUGCAGGGAAGUGGACCAAAGCGAAGUGCUUCUGCAGGCCGACAGCCUAGAGGGAGUAGAGGCAGAGGAGGCUUUUCUCCUUGCCAAAGAGAGCGAUCUUUACCACCAAAGCCCAAACUUCAAAAGCCUGCAGCUCCCCCAGCAGCAGGGCAGAUGACAUCAUCAGGGGGACUAUACCAGGAAACACUAGAUUAUUACAGUGGAGAUAGCAGUAGCCUUUCACCACUAAGUCAUGCCCCUGAGCCCUGUGAAUACCCUUCUCCCUACUCUGCCCAUACCUCUACUCCAUCUUCUGAUGAAAGAUUUGCCCAUAUUUACCCCUCAGACUCUGCCUCUCUUUCUCCCAGCCUGUCAACUCAGUCAGAUGUCCUAAAGCAGCAUCCUAAACCUACACCCCCUCCGCAGACAUAUGGACAUACUACCAGGACAUUCAGCCCGACGCUAUCCCCUAGUCCUCGCCUUCCGCCACAGUGUAGCUCAGCAAUGAGUCCACAUCGUGUGCCAAAGGACCAAUUUCCACAGUAUGACUCACCCAGUUACAGUAGCUCUCCUUGCUGGUAUGGGCAGGGUGGGAGUGUUGCUCAUAGUCCCCAGAGCUAUGAAGAGCUGCGCUCCACUACCAUCACUAUGCCCUCAAACAAACGGGACAUGUCUCUAAUUAGCCCUGGGAUGAGAGCACCAUCCCAUUCUCCUUAUACUACACCUCUGCUCAGAGGACAUACUAUGUCCUCUUCUUGUGUGGGUGGGAGUCAAGACUCUUCUCCCCAGCAUGAGGAGCUGGGCUAUCAUGGUAAUAUGGACAGCUAUGCACCCGUAGGACACCGUUAUGUGUCCCAAAGUUCUCGAGCGGGGGUUCUCUGCCAACUGUUGGAUCAACCCAGUGACGAAGGCUUCACUGUCACCAGCCUGUAGUUAGCAUUUUGCACCAUCCCAAAAAAGAUGAUUUGGACUACACCAUUUUCAUAUUUCUAAUAUUUUAUAAGAAUGUGAUGUUACAGAAGAAACUUGUUAGAUAGGAUUAAGGAGAUUUGGAACUGUAGACUAAAAGAUGAUUUCUUCAGCAGUGACAAUCAAGACACACACACACACAUGCACGCACGCACGCACGCACACACACACACACACACACACACACACACACACACACACGCAUGCACUGAACAACUGCAACAGCACAUGAAUACACAGAUAGAUGCUCCUACAUGCACAAGACCAGUUGUGAAGCUUGGGUGGAGUUUUUUUUUUUUUUUUUCUGAAUGGAUGGACAUACUGCUAAUAUCAACUAGAAGAACUCCUCCACUGAACUGCAGAAAUUCUCACAAUGCAAAUAUUACUCAUUGAAACAGAAACCCAGAUAUGCCUGCAACGGUUGUUCAAUCUGACAUGAGAGAUCAUGCAAAAGGUUUUUGGACUUCACACUGAUCUCUCUGUUUUUUCCUCUGCUCUGAUGCUUUUUCUGUGUCUAUCUGUCUCUUCUAGUCUCAACAUCAUCUCUGGCUAUGUCAAAAGAGAUUAAUUAUUACUCCCCAGAAUCUACCACCUUUGCAGGGUUUUUGAUGGUGACCCUGCUCCAUACACAGACUUUUCCCCCUUAUCCCACCUUAUGUGCUGUCUGCUCCAAAAUACCAGCAUCUGUACAUAAGUCACACCAACCGACUCAACACCAGAAAUAACAAUGCAAUGACAUAAAUAACUGAAGUAUAGUAAUCACAAAAGUGGAGAAAGUUUUGCAAAGGCUGUAAAUUUAUUACCAAAUUAUUAUGAGAAUGUUACAGAAUUUCUGUUAUGACAUGUAAGAGAUGUCAAUUUAAUGUUAAUUUAUAAGUGACUUUAAAUGGUUCCACUUGAUCCUGUGAAAAUAGUUAUUGCAAUCAUUUUAAGCAAGGGUAUGGUUUGGUCCAAUGCGGUUUGUCUGAAUCAAAUGCCUUUUUUUUCCCCUUUUCUUGAUCACGGCCUGCAGCAUGGUCAUACCCUGCCCAACACCCAGUUCUUGUCUCUGUAUUUUUGUAAUUUUCUGUCAGAAGGACAGACACUCAUGCACUGACCCCAAAGAUGCUGCUCUGGCAAAGGUGCUGAGAGGCCAGUCUUUCUGAGCAUGGAGGUCUGGAACUCAGGGUGUGGACAAUGCCUAUUCUCCUAUUCAUACUGCUCCCCCUCCUUUUUUCUCUCUCCACUGUUCCUAUUUCUUGUGGUCUGCUGUGUCGUACAGUGAUUUUUUUGUGAUGAAAUACUGUAUCUGUCUGUUCCAUAUACUGUAUCUAAGGUGGGAAUAUUUAAAUACACAUUCUGUUCUUAUCAUUGCGUAACUCUGUCCUGCCUCUGCUCUGUGGGGUGGUGUAGAGUGGUGUGAGAAUGUUACACAUUAGACAAGGCAGGCAGAACAGAGAUUUAAAAAAAAUUACACAUAUGUAUAUGAUUACAGU